CCUUUAAAAAACGAUAAAAUACUAUGAAGAAGAGGUGCGAACGUGUUUAAGUAGCGAACGUCUGAACUUAGUACACGUUUCAUUCUAAGUAUAUAAUAUAAUAAUGGCAUAGAUCGAUGAAAAAUCGAUCAUGAUCGAUCGAUUAUAGAAGAAGACAUCAAAAUUUAGCAAAGAUAAGCCGCCACAACCGAGAACCAACCACUGACAGGAGGAGGAGACUAAACAUGUUCGGCACUAACCCGCUCUCUAUGCCCGCGGUCAUGGAACUGGUCGUUGCUUUGCUCCUACUUCUUCUAGUCGAUUCAGGAUUAAAUCAAAGGAAUGAAAGGAGUAUAUUCUGGGAUUACGAUUACGAUCCAGAUUCAGAAAAAGGUCUCUUCCCUUCUGUAUUUAACUUAGCGACAAGUGCCAAAAUUACUACAAAUGCAACCUGUGGAGAAACAGGACCCGAAAACUAUUGCAAACUUGUGGAGCAUGUUUUUAUGCGAGAGCCUCAAUGUGGAAUCUGUGAUGCAAGUAAUCCAUCGAAACGACAUCCAAUUACAAAUGCCAUUGAUGGUACUAAUAGAUGGUGGCAGAGUCCAACAUUACAAAAUGGAAAACAGUUUGAAUGGGUGACUAUUACACUUGAUCUCAAACAGGUUUAUCAAGUUGCUUAUGUUAUUGUGAAAGCUGCAAUAUCUCCAAGACCUGGAAAUUGGAUAUUAGAACAUUCAUUGGAUGGUUUAAAUUAUCAACCAUGGCAAUAUUAUGUGAUAAGUGAUAGUGAAUGCUGGGAAAUAUAUCGUAUACCUCCAACAUUAGGAACACCUAAAUAUAGGAGUGAUGAUGAAGUUAUAUGUACCUCAUACUAUUCCAAAUUAAAUCCUUUUGAGAAUGGAGAAAUUCAUACAUCACUAGUUAAUGGUCGACCUGGAGUAGAUGGCCCAAGUGAUACUUUAAGGAAAUUUACAACAGCAAGAUAUGUAAGAUUAAGAUUACAAAAGAUUAGAACUUUAAAUGCUGAUCUUAUGACCUUACAAACAAAUGACCCAGAAAGAAUUGAUAAGGCAGUGACAAUGAGAGUGAGUAUUACUAUUGUUUAUACUGCUUUGAAACAACAAUGUAAGUGUGAACAUAAUACGUGUGGUGAAAAUUGUGAUUUUUGUUGUCCAUUAUACAAUCAAAAAGCAUGGCGAGCAGGAAAUACUACAGAUGGAGCUGUUUGUGAAAUGUGUCAAUGUUUUGGUCAUGCAGAAAGUUGUUAUUAUGAUCAAAAUGUAGCUGAUAGAAGAGAAAGUCUUAACAUUGAAGGACAAUAUGAAGGAGGAGGUGUUUGUGAAAACUGUAAGCAUAAUACUGCUGGUGUUAAUUGUGAACAGUGUGCUGAUGGAUAUUAUCGAAAUGCUAAACAGGAUAGCUAUUCUCGUUGUCAAAAAUGUAAAUGUACAGCACCUGGAAUGACUGGAAUAUGUGUGAAAGAUGGUUCACAUUUACAAGAAGGAUUGAAACAACAAUGUAAGUGUGAACAUAAUACGUGUGGUGAAAAUUGUGAUUUUUGUUGUCCAUUAUACAAUCAAAAAGCAUGGCGAGCAGGAAAUACUACAGAUGGAGCUGUUUGUGAAAUGUGUCAAUGUUUUGGUCAUGCAGAAAGUUGUUAUUAUGAUCAAAAUGUAGCUGAUAGAAGAGAAAGUCUUAACAUUGAAGGACAAUAUGAAGGAGGAGGUGUUUGUGAAAACUGUAAGCAUAAUACUGCUGGUGUUAAUUGUGAACAGUGUGCUGAUGGAUAUUAUCGAAAUGCUAAACAGGAUAGCUAUUCUCGUUGUCAAAAAUGUAAAUGUACAGCACCUGGAAUGACUGGAAUAUGUGUGAAAGAUGGUUCACAUUUACAAGAAGGAUUGGCACCAGGAGAUUGUCUUUGCAAAGAAGGUUUUACAGGGAAAAAUUGCAAUGAAUGUGCAAAGGGAUACAGAAAUUAUCCGUUUUGUGAACCUUGCCCUUGUCAUUUUGCUGGAACAGUGGAUGGAACAACAUGUGAAGGAAGUUGUACCUGUAAAAUAAAUGUUGAAGGAAUUAGAUGUGAUAAAUGCAAAGAAGGAUAUUAUCAUUUAUCUGCAGACAAUCCUGAUGGAUGCUCACCUUGUUUCUGUUUUGGAGUUUCUAAAAACUGUACUUCAAGUGAUUGGGGUAUUGAAAUUAUUACUAAAACAGAAGGAUGGUUAGUGACAGAUAUUGAUGGACAUCGAAUUGCUUAUCCUACUAUGCAUAAUAAGCAAUUUAUGAUUGCUAAUGAUGAUAUGCUACCUUAUGAUAAUUAUUAUUGGUUAGCUCCAAAAGAUUAUAUAGGAAAGAAGUUAUAUUCAUAUGGAGGAGAAUUAUCAUUCCGUAUUAGAUAUAUCAUAGCUAGAGGUGACACAUCAGGUCAAUAUACAGAAGAUCCAGAUGUAAUAUUAGAGGGUAAUAAUGUACGUCUUGGAUAUAAUUGGGGUAUGCAUCCAGAAGAAGACACUUUUACUAUCAGAAUGCCUUUGAGAGAACAAAAUUGGUUCUAUAUUACAAGUACAGGUCGAGCAAGUCCUGUUAGCAGAGAAACAUUUACAUUUGUUCUGAAUAAUGUAAAUAGACUUCUUAUUCGUGCAAAAUUUCAUACAGAUCAAGUGGAAGGAAUUUUAAAAGACAUUGGAUUAGAAACUGCAUCUAAAUCUUCCAAGAGCUUAAAGAAAAUGGUUGCUGUUGAAAAAUGCAUUUGCCCAUUAGGCUAUACAGGACUAUCUUGUGAGUUAUGUGUACCAGGUUUCAGACGUGUAAAUAGUACAUUACCUGGAGGUGUUUGUCAAAAAUGCGAUUGCUAUAAUCAUGCUGAAUCCUGUGAUGCUAUUACUGGAGAGUGUCAGAAUUGUCUGCAUCAUACCACUGGAGAUAAAUGUGAUCGUUGUUUACCAGGUUAUUAUGGUGAUGCAAGAGAAGGAACAUCAGGAGAUUGUAAACGAUGUGCUUGUCCAUUAGAGAACCCAGAAAAUAAUUUUUCUCCAACAUGCAGAGAAAUUACACCUGAAGCAGGUGUAAAAGAUUAUAUUUGUUUGUCAUGUCCUCCUGGAUAUGAAGGAAAUAAAUGUGAAAGAUGCAGUGAUGGUUAUUUUGGCAAUCCUAAAGUUCCUGGUGGUUUUUGUCAAGUCUGUGACUGUAAUAAUAAUGUAGAUACUUCCAUUAGUGGUUAUUGUGAUCAUGUUACAGGGCAGUGUUUAAGGUGUUUGGGAAAUACUGGAGGAUGGAACUGUGGUGAAUGUUUAGACAGACAUUAUGGCAAUCCAAAACUUCAGGAUUGUAGACCAUGUGAUUGUAAUCAGCAUGGCUCUGAAUUUGAUGAGUGUGAUCAAACCACAGGGCAGUGUAUUUGCAAACCUAAUUACCUUGGAAGAAAGUGUGAUAGAUGUGCUGAUGGAUAUGGCAACAUUGAAGCCGGUUGUGUUCCUUGUUGGUGUAAUCGGAUUGGUGCAAAAUCAGAAACUUGUGAUCCAAUAACUGGCCGUUGUAUAUGUAAGCCAGGUGUAUUUGGUGCAAGAUGUGAUUCAUGUCUUGAGAAUCAUUAUGGAUAUUCUGAAGAAGGAUGUAAAGCAUGUGAUUGUUAUCUUAUUGGUUCUGUUGAUCGUCGGUGUGAUGAAACAUCUGGACAGUGUGCUUGUAAACAUCAUGUCACUGGUCGAAGAUGUGAUCACUGUGAACCUGGUUAUUGGAAUAUAGCAUCAAGGGAUGGAUGCGAACAAUGCCGUUGUAACAAUACUGGAAUUUUAUCACCUGUUUGUGAGGAAACUACUGGACAAUGUAAUUGUAAACCUGGAAUUGGUGGCAAGGAAUGUGAUCGAUGUCUUAGUGGUUAUUAUGGUUAUACAUCAAGAGGAUGUCGUCAAUGUGAUCCAUGUGACGUACCAGGACGAAUCUGCGAUCCCAAAAAUGGUAGAUGUGUUUGUCCUCCAUACACAGAAGGAGAUAGAUGUCAGUUUUGUACUCCAAAUGCCCAUGGUUAUGAUCCUAUUGGAGGUUGUGAACCAUGUAACUGCAAUCCUAGGGGAUCUAUCAAUCAAAAAUGUGAUGACGUAACAGGAAAUUGUUUCUGUCAAGAAGGAUUCGAAGGACGACAUUGUGAUAAAUGCAAAUUUGGUUAUUAUCAAUUUCCAAAUUGUUUCAAAUGUGAUUGCAAUUCUGCAGGUACUGAUCUUACUAGAUGUCAUCUGGAUGAAGGUCAAUGUCAAUGUGAUGAAAGAGGACAAUGUCCCUGUAAGGAAAAUGUUAUUGGAAAAACAUGUGAUAGAUGUAAAGAAAAUGCAUUUGGAUUAUUAGAAACAUAUUCUAAAGGAUGUUUUGAAUGUUUUUGUUUUGGUCGCACUCAACAGUGUAAUCAAGCAAAUUUAAUGUGGUCAAAGUUAACAGCACCAGACAGAGAAGUGGAAUUCGGAGUCGGAAAUGAUGAAAUAUCUACUCUUCAAGGUUUCAGAGUAAUACCAGGACAAACUCUUAAUACUAAAAUGAAUAUACCAUAUGUUUUAGAUCAACCUUUAUAUUGGAAUUUACCAAAAGAAUUUUUAGGAGAUAAAGUAUUAUCAUAUAAUGGAAGACUACAGUUUUCUGUUACAAGUCAUAGUGGAAGCCAUUUUCCUGAUGCAUUUCUACAUCGAUAUCCAUUAGUGAUAAUUCAAGGCAAUGGACGUCUUGUUCUGACACAUACGCCUCGAUUUCUUUCCAAUCAAUAUACUGUUCAUUUGCAUGAGGAUGAAUGGCAAGAUCAUGAAAAUCCUCAAACUCCUGUUACUCGAGCUAUGAUAAUGAUAGCAUUGCAAAGAUUACAGUUGAUCUUAAUAAGAGCUACCACGGGCUCUGAUGUUAAAUAUGCAAGACUAAAUGAUUUGAGUCUGGAAGUAGCAGAAGGAUCUUUUCAUCAGAAUCCUCUACCAGCUCAUGGUGUAGAAGUGUGUUAUUGUCCUCCCAAAUAUACAGGAUCAUCUUGUCAGGAUCCAGCACCUGGUUAUUAUCGUAAACGUAAACCAAAUUAUCCUGAUUAUAAAAAUAUUUUGGAUCUAGUUGGAUGGGCAGAGCCAUGUAAUUGUAAUAAUCGCAGUAAGAUCUGUGAUCAAGAAACUGGAAUAUGCAUUAAUUGUACAGAUUAUAGUACUGGACCACAUUGUGAAAGUUGUAUAAAAGGAUUUUAUGAAGAUCUCAAUAAUAAAAGAUGUCUACCAUGUUCUUGUCCUCUGCCUACUAACAGGUUUAGUGACACCUGCAGAUCUGAUGGAAUUGAUUACAUUUGUAUUAAUUGUCAGCAAGGUUAUACUGGUCGUCAUUGUGAAAGAUGUGCAGAUGGAUAUUAUGGAAACCCAAAUGUACCAGGAGGAUCAUGCGAACCCUGUAACUGCAAUACAUAUGGAUCAAAAAGUCAGAUAUGUGAUAAAGUUACUGGCAAAUGUCUUUGUUUAGAAGGAUUAGUUAGCAGAGAUUGUUCGGAAUGCAAAUCUCGUCACAUAUUGACUGAAUAUGGCUGUAAAUAUUUAGUUGCUCAAUUGGAAAGACAUGGUCAAGAUCCAAGCAGACCAGGAUCAACUACUGGUAGAUUGUUAGAUGAAGCAGAAAGAAUUCUAAGAGAAUUAAAAAAGAGAGAUUUUGAACCUAAAAGGAGACAAGCAGAAAAGGAAUUGAAAAUAAGUGAGUGUACUGGAGCACUAUUUGCAGAUUUAGAUUAUAUGAAUGACCUACUAAAUAAAGUCGACUUAUCAAAUAUAUCAGUUAUUCCUUGGGCCUAUUUACUUUCACUUCAAAAUCAAUCGAAAGCACUAAUUGAACCGGUAAAUAUAUAUGUAAAAAGAAUUGCUUUUGGAAAGAAACUCAUUGAUAACUUUACGAUAUACUUUGAUCUGGAAAGUUUAGCAGAUAUAUUAUUUGUAGAGUCUAGGGAUAUGGCAGCUAAAGCUAUAUUAAUAGCUUCUAAUGCUGAAAGAGAAUUAUUGGAUGCAAAUGAAUUGUUAAAAGAAAUCCAAAAUUUACGUAAACAACUUGCAGAUUUAGUUGCUCAAUUGGAAAGACAUGGUCAAGAUCCAAGCAGACCAGGAUCAACUACUGGUAGAUUGUUAGAUGAAGCAGAAAGAAUUCUAAGAGAAUUAAAAAAGAGAGAUUUUGAACCUAAAAGGAGACAAGCAGAAAAGGAAUUGAAAAAAGCCCGUGAUCUGUUAGAACGAGUUAAAGGUUUAACGCUUGACAGAGAUCAUUUAGAUGACUUGCGCGAUCGAUUAGAUGUAUUAGAACAUGCAUUAAUUAAUAGUAUAAAGUUAAUUAAUGAAGAUGUAAAACAACCUACCCAUCAAGCUCAAAAUAUUAUUCAAGGUACACGUGGAGCAUUAGAAGAAAUACAAGAUGCUAUUGAUAAGAUACUUGAGGUAGCAGCUAAAGCCAAUAAAACAUUAACAGAUGCAGAUAAAAUAUUAGAAAAAGCUAGAAAUGCUGUCAUUGAUGCCGAUGUCAAGUAUGAUUCCUUGGGACGUGUCUCAAGAGAAUUGGAUAAUGCUACAAAUGAACUGGAAGAAAAAUUUAGUAUUUUAUCUCGUUUGAAUCCAUUGUAUAAGGAAAAAUAUGUCAUUCCUGCUCAAAAACAUGCUGAAUAUUUAGAAAAACAAGCAGAACAUCUAGUGAAUUUAUUUAAUGCUACAAGAGCAGUCUCUGUCUUGCCAAAAGAAGCAGCUCAAUCAUACCAGUCUAUUGUUGAUGCUCUUAAUGCUGCCAAAGAAGCUGCUCACAAAGCCAAUGAUGCUGCUGAAAAUGCAUAUCGUCAAGCUUAUCCCAUAGCUGAUACUAAUCUUCCUGAAAAAGCAGAAAAAGCUAAAGAUGAAAGUUUGAGAUUAUUAGAAGAUGCAAAAGUAUUAAAAAAUGAAGAUGUUCCUGAAUUAGAUGAACUUUUAUUUGGAAAAAGGCAUGCUCUAGAUGCAAUAGGGAGAAUUCUUCGUCAAGGGCAAAGAGGUCUUGAUAUUGUUAAUCGUGAUUUGGAUGGACUUCAUUCAGGUAUACCUGAUGUACUAAGACAAGCAGAAGUCAAACAACAAAGAGCUGCUGUUAAAAUAGAUGAAGGAAAGAGGAAAGUUGAUGAGAUCAAUGACCUUAUUGAAAAAGAAUUAUAUCCACGACUUGACUUAUUGACAACAGGCACUAAAGCUGGUUUAGAAAAUUUCACACAAAUAAUUGAAAAAGCAAGAUCAGAUAUAAAAGGAGCAUCAAAAACAGCAGACAUUGCAGAUGAAGUUAAAGAUAAUGUUUCAAAUACACAUGCAAGAAUGCAAUUAAAUCUUAAAGAGUUAAAAGAUAAAAUUUUAUUAGCUCGUCAAAAAGCAUCUAGUAUUCGUGUAUCAAUUGGUUCUAAGAGAAAUAAAUGUGUACGAUCUUUCAAACCCGAUAUUGAGCCAACGACGACAAAUAAUAUAAUUAUUAAUUUUGCCGUAAAGAGUGAAAAUCAAAAUAGUCUGUUAUUAUUCUUAGGAAGUUCUAAAACAGAUGACUUUAUGGCAGUAGAAAUGGUAAACAGAAAAAUUAGAUUUUUAUGGAAUGCCGGAGGAGGAACACAAGUCAUUCAGCAUAAUUUGACAAUUGAAACAAACGAUCAGCAACUUUCAAGAAAUGAGCAAUGGUACAAAAUUGAAGUUCAAAGAUUUGGUAACAUAGCUAGUUUAAGUGUGAAACCCACACCAGAUGGAAAAAAGCACGAUCCUUACGAAGUUGUAGGAGCAUCACCUGCAGGUUUUUCCAAGAUGGAUUUAGAUGCUUCUUCAUAUUUUUAUAUUGGAGGACUACCUCCUGGUUACAAGGCACCUAAAGAACUAAAAUCUCGUACGCUAGGAGUUUGUAUUUAUGAAGUGAUUUUAGAUGGAAAAGCUGUGGGUUUAUGGAAUUUCCAAACAAAUGUUGGCUGUGAAGGUUGCAAAGAAGGUGCCACUGAAGAUAUUGAUUCUAGUGCAUAUCAGUUGAAUGGCGAUGGUUAUGCUAUUUUGCCACAAAUAAAACGUUACAAUAAAAAUAUUUAUCAAGUUACGAUUUGGUUUAAGACAUAUGAUGAAAAUUCUUUGCUUUUUAUGGCUCCUGGCAAAAAUGGAGAUUAUGUUUCAUUGGAACUUAAAAAUGGUCACAUAGUUUAUCAUCUCAGUUUGGGAGGUUCAUCUAAUUUAAUUUUGAGAAGCAAGAAAAAAUAUAAUAAUGCUCAAUGGACUCAAGUUGCUGCUGGAAGAGAGAAAUUAAAUGGACAACUUGCAGUUGAAGAUGAAUUCCUUGAAUCUACAAUUCAAAAAGGAGGUCCUGCAACACUAGAUAUUCAAGACAGUCAACUCUAUUAUGGUGGCGUACCACCAAAUUUCUCUACAUCAAAUUGGCCUGAAAUUACAUUUCAGAAUUUUCUUGGUUGUAUGAAAGAUCUGCAAAUAGAUACGACGCCCAUUGAUUUGUUGAAAAAUGUUGCAUAUGGAAUAGAAGGAGGCUGUAUAGAUAAAUCUAUUAAAGUGGCAAGCUUUCGUGGAACAGGAUAUUUAGAACUGAAAGGUCAACCAUUACCUCAAGAUUCUAGUUUUGGGUUUUCAUUUCAAACAAAUCAAAAAGAUGCUCUUCUAUUAUUGUCAGUAUUUGAAAGAAAAAGAAGUCCAGACAAUAGACAAAAGCACUAUUAUUUUAUUGCAAUUAUUGAUGGAAAGUUGGAAGUUAAAGUUAAUAGCGGUAACGAUAUUAGUGAAAUGUCAUCUGAUGUUACUAUCAAUGAUGGAGAAUAUCAUACAGUGACACUUAUUAAAAGAAAGAGAAAUAUUUCUAUGAGAAUUGAUGACGAAGAAGUCAGCCAUCUCAGACUUCCCAAAGGAAUUAGAGAUAUUGAAGCAACAAGUGAAGGCAGAUUAUAUUUUGGAGGAAUUCCACCAGAUUUUGAGGUUGAUUCAGACAUAUCAUCACGACCACGUUUCCAUGGAACCAUUAAAGAUGCCAUUUUUAAUGACAAAUUAUUAAAUUUUAAUGAACCAUUGAGAUUCGAAGGAGUAGGGAUUGGGCGUACCAGUUCAACAGCACUGAAUUCACAAUUUCUGUUAGCACAUCCAACUGAAAGCUGUGCUAAAAACAUACCACACAAUAUAGAAAAGAAAGCUGUAAAUUUUGGUGGUUCGUCAAAAGGAUUUGUACAUGUAAAUUUAGCAAAAAGAGAGAUUUCUCGGGAUUUUACAUUAGGUUUUGAUUUUCGCACAUAUGAAAACUAUGGAUUGAUAUUGUUGCUCCAAAAUACCAAAAGAAAACAUCAUUUUGCGAUAAUGAUUGAAAAGAAUCACUUGGUAGUAGAUUUAUUAACAAAACAAGAUAAAAUCAAACUUCAACUAGUAGGAAUAGUUAAUGAUGGAAAUUGGCAUAGUGUUGCAGUUAGGAAAAGCAAAAGACAAAUGUGGAUUGUAUUGGAUGGCAGAGAGAAGGAAGUAGAAGUUAAUCGUCGGUUCAAUUUUAAGAACAUCCUACAUAUUGGAAAUGUAAAGAAUGCAGUGCUCAGCAAGCAAUUGGUUAAAGAGAAAUUUCAAGGAUGUAUAAGAAAUUUACAUGUUAAUGAGAAAUACAGAGAAAUUCCUGAAGAUCCUACAUAUGGAACGAGUCCUUGUAUUUCUUCUGUUGAGCAGGGAGCAUACUUUAAUGAUGGUGCUUAUGCUGUAUUUGGUAAGUACGGUAGACCUUCUAUAAAACGGGUUCAUGUAGUUCGGAUUCCUAUAUAAUGGCGAAAAAAUUGCUACCAUA